AUGCCGUCGCUGAUGAACAAGUUUGGCGGUUCGCUGCGUUUGACGCCGCCGACGACGAACAACUCCACGUCGAGCUCGGACUCGUCGGAAGCCGAUGCAUCAACGCAAGACACUGCACAACAACGCAGCAAUGGCACAGUUGCUGGAGCUGGAGCUGGAGCUGGCGCUGGAGCUGGAACAAACUCGACCGCGACAACGAGCAACCUCACGUCCGACGAACCCGAGACCAAACCCAAGCUCAACAAGCUGCAGCCCAAGCAGAGUCGGAGGCAACUGGCCAUGCAGCUGGCUGUCAUGUCAGGCAUGCUGCCGCCAGACGAAGAGGCGCUCGAGGCAAUGGACGCGCUGGACGCGAUGGACCUCGAGGACGAAGCAGACCAGGACGAAGACGACGAGGGCGACGAAGACAACGAUGAGGAUGUGGAUGUAAACGACGACGUCGACGACGACGAUGACGACGAUGACCAGUACGAGGACGUCGAGGACGAAGACUCGCUCGAAGUCGCCGAACUCAACCGCCAGCUCGACGCGCUCGGAGCCGUCCUCGACGUAUUUGAAAACCACAGCAAAAACCUCGAGGCCCGCGUUGAAGCGUACCGUGCGCAGCUGCUCGCAGAGCACAAGCAGCGCGACGCUGAUGCCAAGCAAGAGUCAGGGAGCGGCGCAAGUGGCAGCAGUAGCGGUUCAUCGACAUCCGCGGCAAACGUCAUGUAUUCUACUCCAGAACAACUGCGUCGACAAACGCCUGCGAGCGCACUGCCGCGAUUCGAGUACUUGCAGGCGCUCGUCGGCGAGCUGCGCGCGGCAUCCACGACUCCGGAGGCCAGACUGCAGGUGCUCGCCAAUCUCGCCAACUUUGCCUACGAUCCCAUCAACUACGACCAUCUCGUGCGACUGGCUGUUCCGGAUGCAUUGAUUGAUCUCGUUCAGUCACCGCCUGCGCUCAGGCCUGGCGCAAUCACCGCGGUCGAACAGCUCCAAUUCCAGCAGUUUGCGUUGGGCGGGCUGUGCAACCUGUGCCUCGAUCCAAGAGUCCAAAAAGUCAUGAUGGACAAAAACCUGCCGCAAUUGCUGGAUCCUUGCCUGACCAACUCCGAUGACAUUGAUCACGAGCUGAAAAUUAUCGCACUGACCAUCAUGGUUUCCCUCUUGCCUACGAUGCCGCACCACGCCUCGCAUCAAUCAACGAGUGGAGCGAAUCAGAUAAAACCCCACCGCGUUUACGGACACUAG